AUGGCCAUCAUGGCCCGUCAUGGCCCGUCAUGGUCGCAUGAGGCCUAUUUGCUCUAUGGCAUCCUCAAUCUGGACAAGCCCGUGAAUCCUUCCAGUCAUGAGGUGGUCUCUUGGAUCAAGCGGAUCAUGAACUGCGAAAAGACGGGCCACUCCGGAACCCUGGAUCCCAAGGUCUCUGGCUGCUUGCUGGUGUGCUUGAACCGGGCUACACGCCUUGUAAAAGCACAGCAAUCUGCCGGAAAAGAGUACAUCGCUGUCGUCCGUUUCCAUUCAGAUCCUGGCUCUGCAUCAAAGGUUCAGAAGGCGCUGGACAUGCUGACAGGUGCUUGUUUCCAAAGGCCACCAGUGAUCUCUGCAGUGAAGCGUCAGCUUCGAGUCCGAACUAUCUACGAGGCCAAGCUCAUAGAGUACAGCUCAAAAAGACAAAUGGCCGUACUUUGGACUUCCUGUGAGGCUGGCACCUACAUCCGGACCCUUUGCGUCCACUUGGGCUUCAUGCUCGGCGUAGGAGCACACAUGCAGGAGCUGCGGCGAAAUCGCUCUGGUGUGCUGGAUGAGCACAAGUACAUGUCAACGAUGCACGAUGUGCUGGACUCGAUGUAUAUGUACAACAACAUGCGGGAUGAAAAAUACCUCAGAAGGGUCGUCAUGCCACUGGAACUGAUCCUGACCAACUAUCCACGGAUCGUUGUCAAGGACAGCGCGGUGAAUGCCAUCUGCUAUGGUGCGCAGCUGAUGAUCCCUGGCAUCCUCCGUUUUGAGCAGGAUAUCGAGGUGGGUUCUGAGAUCGUGAUGAUGACCACCAAGGGCGAGGCGAUUGCAACAGGCAUCGCGCAGAUGACCACGGCUGUGAUCGCAUCUGUGGACCAUGGGACUGCAGCAGUUAUCAAACGUGUGAUCAUGGAACGGGACACCUACAACAUGCGUUGGGGUUAUGGUCCCCGUUCUAGUGACAAGAAAAAGCUCAUCCUUGCUGGCAAGCUGACGGAAAAGGGCAAACCCAACGAGAACACGCCAAAAGCCUGGCUGCUGGGCCAAGGGAGGUGGAGCUAUCUUCCAAAGCUCACCUGUGAGGAAGCACAGGCCGAGAUGGAUGAAGCUUUAAAGGCAGUUGCCAAGACAAAGAAAAAGAAGGUGAUUGAAGAGGUGGAGGAGGCUGAAGAGGUGCAGCCUGUCAAGAAGAAGAAGCGGAAGGUGGGUGCCGAUCAUGAUGAUCUCGGAGGAGUAGAUGAGAAAACCGCUUAUUCCGCAGUGAAAGUGAUGUCUCUGGAGAAAGAAAUCCGGUUUGGAGCUCCCAAAGGGGCACGGAAGGUGCUGGAGAGUAGUCUGCCGGCUUUUGAUGUCAAGCUGGGUAGGCCAAGGCCACGUGUUGUCACAGAGACAGCCCGAGACCUCCAGUCACUCUCCCUGCUGGCAGCUUUCCGGCCUGGAGCCUGGUACUUUGGGGACCCAAAUCGGUCCUUGAAAAAGGCUAUCCCUUUGAAUCAGAUGUCCGGCUCUCCGGGCGACGGUGGCGACCUGGGUGACCCAGAUGGGGGACAUUUGGGGAAGGCCACCUUCGGCGCCAGAGAAGUGACAUGGGAGAGUCACGGCAUUCAAAGUGGUGUAGACAUUGACAUCGCCAUCAUGCUGAGAGAUGAGACUCGCAAAGUGCAAAAAUCGAUGUAUGAACUCUUUGCCAAACAAUCCGAUGUUCUGGCAGAGCUUCAGAAACAAAUAUCGUCCAUAGCACAUCAGCAGGUCACAGCCGCACAUCUCUCAACGCAGAUCCUGCCACCCGAUCCGUCGAGUGCCAUCGACCUGCUUGAUCAGUCUCCUGAUGGAACGAGAUCUCAGAUAUCUGCGGACGCUUCAAGAGGCUUGAAAUCACAGGAUAGUUUGACGGUUCUUGGCCAAGGCAAUGAGGAGGAAGACACAUUGGAGAUCAAGAGUCCAGGCGUGGCAAUGCCAGCUCUCAAACCUCGCCUUAAUUCGUGCGCCUCCGAAGCCCAGAAGCAUCACAGUCAGAAUUUCAUCUUUGGAGCAGCUUUCAAAGUUGCCCGCUCGCACAUUUUUUCGACUUUCAUCAUGCUGGUCAUUGCCUUCAAUCUACUUAUGAUGGGCAUUGAAGUAGAUGCAACCAGUGCGCUGAAACCGGGUGAGCCCACUCCGGCGUUCUUUUUGGUCUGCAACAUCGCCAUUGUGGUCAUUUUCAUCUUCGAGCUGACCAUCAAGUUUUUGGCCUACGGGCCGAGAGGGGUCUUGCUGGGCCCAGAAAAAUGGUGGAAUCUCUUCGAUAUCAUCAUAGUGAUCACCUCGAUCAUCGAGACUAUCCUGGAUAUGGUCACCCAAGCAUCUUUUUCGAAUGGCCUUGAUUCCAGUCACUUACGUGUGAUGCGGGUGGUUCGCCUUGCACGUGCCUUGAGAGGCAUCCGAGUCAUGAAAUUGAUUCGCUCCAUUGGAGCCCUUCGAUCCAUUGUACUAGCAAUCGUAAGCACACUAUGGUCACUGGUUUGGACUUUGGUUCUCCUCGUGAUUCUUUUCUAUGUCUUCGGUGUGAUUCUGGCGUCCCCUGGUGAACUUCUGGCAGCGCCUGACAGGUGGUGCGACUCAUGGUCACCUUACCAGCCUUACCAGCCUUACCAGCCGCACGCCGAGGCAAUUGGUGUCGGAUGGUUGCAGCACAAUUCAAGCUGA